UUGCCUGCACGCUGUGGAAGCUCAGAGUAUAACUGCUUAUGGUAGAGUGAGGAAUACCUUAGAUUGAAAGGCGCUCACUACUCUUUGAAAGUUGCUCACUACUCAUUGAAACGUGAAACUCGCACGUUUCCUGAAAAAAGAAGAAGAAAAAGACUACGCGUUUACAUUUGAAAAAGCCUAAAAGGACCUCACUUCAGAGCUGUCACAGUCAUUUGAAACAAGUGCUGUAGAAGAAUACAAAGUCUUUCGACUCGGGAGGGACUGAGGAGUUGCAGAGGCAACUUGUACAGAAACUGUCUGACGUCUCGUCAAGUAAGAGUUUGUAAAGGAUUUGUAUUUUCCUUUUACAUAUCUAUAUCGGACACUUUGUUUCAGUCGUAAGCCGGUCUGUCUGCACAGUUAAACUAAUCUGUGUUUAUCGCACUUCUCGGAACUGCACUUCUUACAAGUAUAACUUCUCUUUCGUUAUAACUGCUGAAUUAAAAACUCUCUCUCUCUCACACACACACACACACAGACAGGAGUUCUGUUCUAUGUCUACCAAGAUGGAAACUACUUUCUACGACGAUACACUCAAUGCCUUCUCACAGCCAGAGUCCUCCGGCUAUGGAUACAACCCCAAAGCCCUGAAGCAGAACUUGACUUUAAACCUGUUGGACCCCUCGCUGAACUUGAAACCGCACCUGCGGGCCAGGGCAAGCGACCUCCUCACAUCCCCCGAUGUCGGGCUUCUCAAACUGGCCUCCCCCGAACUGGAGCGGCUUAUCAUCCAGUCCAGCAACGGCAUGAUCACGACGACACCGACCCCGACCCAGUUCCUCUGCCCGAGAAACGUUACCGACGAGCAGGAGGGUUUUGCUGAUGGGUUCGUGCGGGCACUGGCGGAGCUGCACUACCAGCACAACGGCUCCACCAGCGUAACUUCUGCGACGGAGACUUCUUCGUCCACCGGCAUGACACCCAUCUCUUCUAUGAUUGUCAACAGUGUUUUCAGCGCAAACAUGCAGCCGGAACCACCGGUGUAUACCAGCCUGAACACAUUCAAUCCAACUAAUAUCAGCACCUCAUCGGCGACGGCGCCAGCACCCAGCUUCAGCAAUGCAAACAACAUGAACUACCAGCCUCAGCAUCACAUGAACACCCAGGUGCAGAUUCAGCACCCGCGGCUGCAGGCGUUGAAAGAGGAGCCCCAGACGGUGCCCGAGAUGUCCGGCGAGACCCCGCCGCUCUCCCCGAUCGACAUGGAGAACCAGGAGAGGAUCAAAGCCGAGAGGAAGCGCAUGAGAAACAGAGUCGCAGCUUCCAAGUGCCGGAAGAGGAAACUGGAGAGGAUCUCCAGGCUGGAAGACAAAGUGAAAAUCCUGAAGUCGCAGAACUCCGAGCUGGCAUCCUCCGCCAACUUACUGCGGGAGCAGGUGGCGCAGCUGAAGCAGAAAGUCAUGAACCACGUCAACAGCGGCUGCCAACUCAUGCUGACCCAGCAGCUGCAAACGUUCUGAGAGCACAACCCCGCGACCGCUGCUCCUCCGAAAAAAGAGACUGUCCGAAAACGGGACGAAGUUUACAAAGUAACGAAUGAAUGAAGACAAUGAAACUAAGUGUCACAGCUGUGAGACUACAGAGGCGAGCUCCUUGGCUACACGCAGGAGUAUAGAGAGAGCGAGAGAGAGACUUGUCUUGAGAAUGAUGAGAGAGCUGUCUCAAGCUGGGUUAUUGACAAUAACAAUGAAAGCAAAAAGACACAAGCACUUUCUUAAUCAAGUGCUGUUUUCUGCUGUUUUUUUUUUUUUUAGAGAGAGGCACUAUCAUUGCGUUAACGUUGACCAAGUUGUGCAUGGACCCUGUGACAUUCGAAGAUCAUUCAGUAUUCAAACACAGUUUUGUUUUGUUUAUUAAAAACUGCUAUAGAUACUUUAGUUUGCUUCUGUUGUAGCGACGUCAUGGGAAGGCGUAGAAAAUAAAAAAAGGCAGGUUGAAAAAGCUGCCUGGCUUGAUUGUAUGUGUAAAUACUGUUCAUUUUAUAUAUAUAUAUAUAUAAGCUGAUGUCAUGUCAAUGCAGCAAGCCUUUGAAAGUUAUGUUAUUGUAUGUUGCUCUUUGGCGAUUAAGCCCAAUAUUAUUUGUAAAUAAGAGGAAUUUGGACGACUCAUAAGUUUGCCAUUUGUAAUAAAAUAUAUAAUUUUUUAUGUUCGUUUUCUGAAGAUUCUAUUUAAGACAUGUAUAAAUAAAGCACCUAAAACGAAUGCUCUGGUGUUCUGGUGUGUUUUAAUAGAUGAACCAUUAUCUGGGCGACUUCACAAUUCUGGUGCCUUUAUUGGUAUAUUAAAGACAUAUUGAAGGCACACUGACACACCUGUAAACCGAUCACAUUUCAUUAAAAAUCACACUGGAGUACAGUACAUUCCGUUUUGGGAUUUCAAAAAUAGAGGUUUAUAAACAUGUAUCUUAAGGUUAAUUUGUUGUCAACAGUAUCACAUGUACAUUAACGACAUUAACGGUUUAGGAGCUCUGUAAGGAAUACCCUGAGAUUGCUGUUCUAUUUAGGAUUCCAGAAGCCACGUGUCUUCCAAACUGCUUAGUGUACCUUAGCUGUGCUCAAAACCAAGUCCACCCUGUAGUUAUCUCUCACGAGUUUUGUAACAUUGCUGAAGUAUUUUCCUUUCACUGCAAGGUGCAGGUAAACAGCCCUUGAAAACUUAACACCAGUGUUGAGUCUAGCAUAAACAUCAAAACACGUUUUGUUUGUUUGUUUGUUUUUUACUUUUCAAACUUAAAUGGAAGCAUACCAUAAUGAUGGUGACAUUUCUCUUCACGCCUAAUAACACAAACACAACACCGCAUUUGUUUCAGGUUGUUUCUAAUGACCAUGUGUAUACUCUCAAGGGUUUGUAAACGACAACAAAACAUUUCUCACACAAGAGCAGCUAGUGGCAGUGACGCAUUUCCACCACAAGGGGGAGUCAUUACUAACUACUAAACCACUGCUCUUGAUCAAAGCUGUGCCUUGCAGUUUCUUCUCUCCAUGGUCCCUUAUGAAGAUAAUGCUGCAUAGCAACUAUUUAAUCUCGGCUAACUAUCACUGGGUAGCUUAUUAGAUAUUUAAGGUGAUAUAGGUUGCCCCAAUGUAUGUGUUUGUGUUUGUGUAUGUAUGUGUAUACAGGAUGUACCAUUUGUACAGUACAUGUAUUAUUGUGGCUGUAUAGUAAUUGUUUGUAUUGUUAGCGCUGUAUUGUUAUUGUAUUGAGUACGGUCUAUGUAGGUCUCUCUUUGUGUUAGUGCUGCACUAUUGAGAUGUGCCUGUGCUGGCCCUGCCUGCGGGCACACACUGAAUAAACUGAAUAAAUUUAA